AUGGCUGACUGGCAAGCCGAGUCCUUCGCAUCGCAACCACAAUCGUCACUCGAUAGUGUUGGACGAGGCACUCAUAGAGCUCUCCAACACACCUCAGGCAAUGCACAAUCGUAUGCAGAUGGAGCCAGUGCCAUGAAUGGAGAUGGUGGCAGUCAUCACGAUGACCAUCUUCAAACGUUGGCUUUGAAAUAUCCUCCUGUCCCUAUUCCUUUCCAUCACUCGGCAUCUAGCACUAGUCUGCACGAUAGCCAUGUCCUCGCGGCGCGUCUACAAGCCAAAAAGCUUCGACGGCUUCAAUCCGCGGCCCAUUCGAUGCCUACGAUGCGCCCGAAGCGCAGCUACCUAAAGUCUCAGAAGUAUUUGGAGUAUAGGGCACGACCGCGUCGCGACACCGGCAAGGAUGGAGAGCCUGUUUGGUCUGAUGCAUUGGAAGAUGCCUUCCAGCAGGCCUUGGAAGCAAAUCCCCCUAUGGGUCGGAGAAAGUGGUCUGAACGUGGCAAAUCUUAUGGGCGAAACGAGUUGAUUGCGGAAUAUAUCUUCAAGCUGACUGGGAAGCGACGGACUAGAAAGCAAGUCUCUAGUCACCUUCAAGUUCUAGACUCUUUCCUUAAGGGUGACCCAGAGUGGGAAAGACUUGUCAGAGAAAAGGCGGACGCGCCAAAUCCUCACCCUCCAACGACGAAUCCCGAGUACCGGACAUCAUCCAUUGAUCACGGACUUUCCAGAGGUUUUAAUAGUCAAGCCCAUUCAUCGUGUCCUGACUACGGCGCCACUUCCAAUACAUACAACGGAGACUUGCCGACUCCGAUCACGCUGGCUUCCAACAUAUAUGACACCCAUUCCCACUUGAUUCAUGCUUUCAAUUUCGACAUGUGGGUUAGUGCGCCUCAACAGGACAAUCGAAUUGAUAAGGCGUUGCACGUCUACACUCGCCUUCAGGGAGACCAGCAUCGACCGGUAGCACUUCCCAUGCCAUUGGAGAAUCUCUCAGGAUGGCGCCCGUCUUUUCCCUACCUCGCCUCACUCGUUGACGACGUCAACUGCUCUCUCGAUUGCGAUAUAAUUUUGUUAGAAGUGAACCUUCAACUGAUGACUGAUUUCCCGCCCCCUCGGUCCCGACUAGGUAUCCAGCUGGAUCUUGAUUUUGCACAUCCUACCAUGGGAGACGUCUCCCUCGUAAGCCAGAUGGAGGACUGGGCCUGCAGCACUCAUCUAUAUGAAGGCAGUCAAAAGAUGCAAGAAACCUAUCACGAUCUCCAAAAGGCAUCAUCUACCAAGAUAAAGCCAUUCUUCGAGUCGUCCUGGUGGGCAAAGCUGUUCACCGAAUUGACACAGGAGAAACAAAUGGCCGAAAGUUCGGGACAGCCAGAGGCUAUCCAGGCCGCGGAUGAUCAUACUAGACAAUUCUUCCGCUCCCUUUCGGCCAUUCAAGAGUUGACGGCUGUGCCUAGUAGCCACCGCCGUAUGUCGAAUAAUUUUAAUACCAGCACCCAAGGGGAAGAACGCAAACGGAUGGCCAUCCUCUUAUGGAAGUUCCGCCAGACUCGACCUGGCGAAGUCGGUACUACAACCUGGAGACGCCUCAUCCCACCUCAUGAGCCCAGCACGACGAAUAGUCCCAGGGGGGCCGCGGGUAUUGACUUGCCUCCUCCGCUCGCUUUGGAGUCGCUGCUAUCCACAAAGCCGCAAGACAACGUGUAUCAUGGCAACUCCCAUGACGGACUGAUGCAUCCACAUCAUCAACCACCGGCAGCAGCCAGUCUCCAGCAACAGUGGCCGGUGUACACAGACCCGCAGGACAGCGUCACCAACAUGUUUGGCGCCCAAGGAUCAUAUGAUUUCUUGGGCAAUAUCAAUAAACCGGAAGAUGGCAUAGUAGACAAGACGUCGGUAACAUCAGUGUUGGACUCCUUCACUGGACUCGCGCCGGAUAGCACACAGGCCGGCAGCAUAAACGUCUCGUCUGCAGGCGACCCCAUGUUUAACGUCCAUGGCAUCCCACUCUCUUCACAUCCACAGCUUUCUGGAUACGGUCUUGGUGGCCAUGGUGGCCAUUACAUGCCCCCGCAACACAUCCAUGACAGCAACAAUAAUGUCCUGAAUUCCAUGUUCGGAACUACAGCUUCAUCCAUGCAUGGCAUUUCCCAUAAUACAACCCACGCCCCUUCUCUAUGGGAACCACACCAGACAACCGCUGCAUCGUCUCUUCAUCCCGAUCUUGACGCGGAUAACUACGGCCACCUACAUUUCCCUCCGAGCAGCCACCAUCAACACCACCACCACCAACAUCAUCAACACCACGCUCAUCAUCCAGUGUCUGUAUCUCGGGAUCACCAGAGCAGCGGUUUGGAAGGCAUACUGCCCGCCGAUGACUUGCUUGAUAAGUUGGUUGGCAGUGUGCCGACUGAGUCUCAUCUCGGCGGUACAAGUGCUGGGAACACACGAUAUCCGGAGUCCAACGCGGUGGAACCGGUAUAA